AUGACGGAUCUGUGGCUUACUAUGGACGGGUCGCCCGUGCCUGCGGACCUCCCGCCCGUGCCUGGGCAUUUGCUCACCCCGCCCCGGUUCGACCGAGGCACCUCCCCCGAGUACGGCCGCACCGCCUGGACCUGGUUCCGAAAGCUCCGCAGCCACUGCGGUAAGUCGGAGCACUUCUCGUGCUGGGGCUGGGAUGUCGUCAGAGUCUCCUACGAAGACGACGCCCGCUUCGCCCGCGCUAUGCGUGCCCUUGGCCAGCUCGCCGCCCUCCGCGUCAGCUGCGAUCGCGAGCCUAACGACCUCAUCAUGCAUUACUACCAUCAUCGUAUCUUUCAGGACGAUAGCCUAGGCAACAUACUCGACGGCGCCUUUCCCGACCUCGCCCGGUCCUAUAUUAUGGCUCAUCCCGACUGGGACGAACAUGUUCCUGUGCGGAACCAAUGCUUCAUCUUCAUGGACAAGGAGAUCAUCGACAACCUCUCCUCCGCUAUCCUGCCAGGAGAGCCGGGAGAGCCGGAGACGACGGACCAGAAAAUGAAGGCUGCCGUUAUGCACUGGGUCAAGGUAGUCGACGUCUUCGCUCUAAUCGAAGGGGAGCGCCAGUACCGCCUCCGCCUCUGGGACCUUCUAGAUAUAUAUAUUUCUGUCGAUGACGGCCUAUCUACAAAGCCGAACUGGGAGCCUAGGGAGGAGGCUGGUCGCAGCUUAGAGGUAUAA